AAACAAAUUCCAUUUCCCAUUCACUUCAUCAUCGUACUAUUAACUACUUUCUAGUUGAAUUCUAAGGUUCUAGCAAUCAAGUUAGUUGUCGAUAAACUAAUUUGAGAUUGAAGCGUAGUUAUGAUAAUGAAUAACAAGAAACAAAAGAGAAAAGACGGUUAUAAAUCGAAGAAGUCAAAUUUCAAAGUUGUGUACAUUUCUACUCCGAUGAAAGUUAAGACAAGUGCCUCGAGAUUUAGGUCACUUGUGCAGGAACUAACGGGACGGGACUCGGAUAUAGCGAGAAUUAUGGAGACUAAUGGGUCGAUAACGGAGUAUGAAGAUAUUCACAGUGAACGGGAUGACUUUAAUGAACUUCCAGUAAAAUCGUCAUCACCAUCAUCAUCGUCUUUGCUAGCAAAAUCAUCUAAUUCAACUCCUAUGAGUUCAGAAUCUGAUAAUUAUUUUAUCGAGCCUAAUUUUGAUGAUUUAUUUAAUAGCCAAAUGCAAGAGCAAUUCCUUGCUUUUUUAGCUUCAUCAAACUAUAAUUUGCCACCUAGAAGUGGUGAUUAUUUAGCUGAGAUUGAUGUUCUCGGAAGCUAUGAUGCACUACUUUAGAUUUAUUUUAUUUUUGGAUAAUUAGUUCGGUGGGUAGAUAUGAUCGACUUAAUUAGUAGAUAUAUGUAUGUAUAUAUGUAUUUUUUUUAAUACUAAGUGGAUAUUAUUUAGAUGGUGUACUGUAUCAUCAUUAUAACAUAUAUAUAGAUUUGGAAAACCUUCGUUAUGAAGAGAAAAAAAAGAGUAUGAGUUAUAAAUAUU